AUGGGGAAACUGAGGCCCAGUCCCAGUCUCCCACCCCCAUGGUACCCUUGUGGCUCAGAAGUCCCAGAGAGAGGCCACCGGGCAGACUUUGUUCUGCCCUUUGGGCAGCACUGGUUGGCGGGAAGGGGCUUGGAGCUCUCUGCACCAGGGCCACAGGGCAAGCAGCAGCAACCUUGUGGGCGGGGAGCCCUGGGGAGCCUAGAGGAGGGCAGUAGCCAGGGUCCUGCCAUCUCCGCCCAAAGCAGCAGUAGCUGCGGCGUGAGCCCCAAACUCCGCUCAAGUUUCCCGGGCCGGGCGGUGGCUGAGGGUGGGGGGCCGCUCAGAGGGGAUCCGAGCCUUGCUGGCCUUGACCCUCACACGCGCGAAGCCAGCCCCCCCACCCCCCCCACCCCGCUCGGGCGGGGCGGGGCUAGGGGCGGGGCAUCCCUCCUCCCCGCCCCCUCCGUAGCUUGCCGCCUCCUCCUCCCAGUCGGCUCCCUGCUCGCAGCCCGGGAACCCCGGCCAAGCAGUAGACAGCCCCUCGCGGGUGGCAGCAGGAGCAGGCGGCGGCUGUGGCAGUGGCAGCGGCACUGGCACUGGCAGAGGCAGAGGCACAGCAGGCGGCUGCGGCGCGGGGGCGGCGGCGGCAGCGGCGGCGGCUGCGGCCCAGGCGGGCGGACUGACGGGCGGGCUGAGAGAGGCGCCAGCACAGCCGGGCAACCCAAGCAAGCUGCCACCCUGGCUGCGGUGCAAGCAGACAUGGCCCUGACUCUGACCCCCGAGAACAUGAAGAUAUCGGAGGUGGAGAUGGAGUGUUACUACUGUCUGCUGCAAGCGGCGGCCCUCAUCGAGUCCAUCAUUGCAAGUAAGGGAGCUCUUGCCUCCGCCCCUCUGUCCCCUAACACCCCCAAGCUCCCUUUCUCCUUCGGUCCACCGUACCCCUCCGUGCAGCAGCGCUCAGUCUUCUGCCUCUCCCCUGCUGUCCGGCCAGUCCAGCGACACUGGCAAAGCAAACCCCCCCCCCCCCCCCCCCCCCAGUGCCUCGGGCUUAAAUGGGUCAGCGCAGCUGGAAGCGAGUCUGGGAACCUCCUGCGGCGCACCCACUUCAUUGGUUUCCCCUGUAGUGGCACUACUCGAGAGAGAGAGCACGUGGGCGACACAGCCACCCCCCUCCGCUCAAAGAAGUUACAUAUUGCCUCGGGGAUCCCUGCUCCCCAAAUCUGCAGGGCAGGAGAAACACAGACGACAAUUCCCAUCUGUGCAAAGGACAUCACUGAUCUCUUGGUGAAGGAACUGGCCUUCCUUUCUGGUGGCAGAGGGAAAGAUAAUGACUGGAUUAUAACAUUUCCAGAAAACUCCAAUUUCAAAGACGUGCCAGAGGAUGUCUUAACAAAAGUGUUAACUUACUUGACUUCCCUUCCCAGACAACAUGAACCAGACACCAAAUUUAUCCUUAUUCUGGAUAGAAGACUGGAUACCUGGGCAUCUGUCAAAAUAACUCUCCAAAGAAUUGCAGCCUCUUUUCCAGGGAACUUGCAUUUGGUUAUGGUCUUGAGGCCCACAAGUUUUAUCCAGCGCACUUUCACAGACAUUGGCUUUCGGUUCAGUCAAGAUGAUUUCAUUCUCAAAUUGCCGGUUGUAAUGCUUAGUUCUGUCAGUGACUUACUGAGUUACAUUGACGAGAAGCAGUUGACCCCUGAGUUUGGAGGCACUUUGGAAUACUGUCACAGUGAAUGGGUUAUUUUCAGAACAGCUAUUGAAAGUUUUGCCCUGACCGUGAAAGAAAUGGCACAGAUAUUGCAAUCCUUUGGGACUGAAUUAGCUGAAACAGAACUGCCAGAUGAUGCUUUCUCCAUUGAACAACUAUUGACAAUCCGUACUGCAAAAUACUUUCAGUUGAAGGAAGAGAUUAUAAGUGUUAUGAAAGAAGGAAAUAUGCUGCUGAGGACCUUUGAAGUGCCUAACACCAAAGAAUCAAAUGAGGAACCUCCUCAAGAAAAACCCGGAGAUUGGGAAACUGUUAAUAGAUUACUUGCUCAACUGCACGAAAUGGAAGUGGCCUUUGAUGAAUUUUGGGACAAGCACCAACUCAAGAUGAAUCAGUACAUACAGCUCUCUAAAUUCGAACAAAAUUUUCUAGAGCUUAAGGAUGCUAUUGAAUUCUUAAUGGACCAGCAUGCUGCUAUACCCAGUACCGGAGACAGUGUGGUAGAUGUGAAGCAAAGGCUCACAGAGUUGGGGACCUUGGAUGAGAUGGCUACGGAGCUGAUUGGGAAGGCCCAGCUCCUGAUACUGCAUGGGCACCAGCUUGCAGCCAAUCACCAUUAUGCUGUUGACUUAAUCUGCCAGAGAUGCAACGAGUUAAGACACCAAACAGAUGUACUGUCCGAAGAGCUGAAAGCCAAAGAGAACACGCUUACCAAGACCUUGGAACUCCAGAGUCGGCUGCACCAGGCUCUCCUGUGCUGUGAUGAGGGGGCCUAUCUCCUUGCUAAUCAGCCGAUGGAUAAAUGCCAGGCAAAAGAAGGUGCUCAGAGAGCUCUUUAUGACAUCGAGAAGUUCCUUGAUGUGACUCUCCCCAAUUUAAAGUAUGAUCCUCGUGUCCUACAGCGGGAAUUUGAGGUCAUUUUGACUCCCGAACUCAAGGCUCAGAUCCAGGGUGUCCAAGUCAAGCUGGAAAACAUUCGCAGCAUGUUCCAGAACCGGCAGGCUUGUUUCCGGAAGCUGACAGAUAAGCAUUCCCGGCCCAUCCAACUUGUGACACCCCGGCCCGAGCACGCAGGCAGAUCCAAAUCGCCGCUGUUCUCACCCAAACACGUUGGGUUUUUUUUUUCAAACUGUCGACUCUUUUCUUCAGUUAGGAAAUCCUGGUCAAGAAAAACUCAGAACUCACUAAAAAUUGAAGUGAUGCAUGAUUAUGAAGAGAAGAGAAAUUCCUUACAGCAUGCUAUUUCGGAGAAUGAAGACAGCUUGAAUGUGCUCAAAAGCCAUGUGAUAAAUGAACUAAUUGAGACCGAGAGGGUAUACGUGGAUGAACUGUCCACUGUCUUGGUGGGCUACCGAGCAGAGAUGGACAACCCUGGGAUGCUGGCGCUUAUCCCACCUGCCCUGAAAAACAGGAAGGACAUUCUCUUUGGGAACAUGCCUGAAAUCUAUGAAUUCCAUAACAAGAUUUUUCUGCACAGCCUGGAAAGCUGCCUUGAAGCACCACAACGUGUGGGAUUUUGUUUCCUGGAAAGGAGGAGCGACUUUCAGAUCUAUGAGAAGUACUGUCAGAACAAACCCAGAUCUGAGCUACUUUGGAGGCAAUGCUCAGAAAGCGCCUUUUUCCUGGAAUGCCAAAAGAAACUAGAACAUAAACUUGGCCUGGACUCCUAUCUGCUCAAACCAGUGCAACGCCUGACAAAAUAUCAGUUGCUUUUGAAGGAGUUACUCAAGUACAGUGCUAGCUCUGAAGGUGUUCAGCAGCUCCAAGAAGCUCUCGUUGCAAUGUUGGACUUGCUAAAGUCGGUCAAUGAUUCCAUGCACCAGACUGCUAUUACUGGCUAUGAUGGUAACCUAAGUGACCUGGGCAGGGUAUUAAUGCAAGGGUCAUUCAGUGUUUGGAUUAGUCAUAGAAAAGGUACCACCAAAAUGAAGGACUUUGCCCGAUUCAAGCCCAUGCAGCGUCACCUUUUCUUGUAUGAGAAAGCUAUCGUGUUCUGUAAGAGGAGAGAUGAACAUGGAGAUGGACAUGAGAGAACACCCUUCUACAGCUUUAAACACUAUUUGAAAAUGAGCGCCAUUGGAAUUACUGAGAAUGUGAAAGGAGAUAACCGCAAAUUUGAAAUCUGGUACACUGGGCGUGAAGAAGUUUACAUUGUGCAGGCCCAGACAGUAGAAUCGAAGGCAGCCUGGUUGACUGAAAUCAGGAAAAUUUUGAUCAAGCAACAAGAACUUAUCAAAGUGGAAAAAAGAAAAAAAAAAGAUUAUACAGGAAAUUGUUCCCAACAUGCUUGCAGUCACCCAGAUGGAUGA